AUGACAGCGAGCGCACCAGUUUUAUUUGGUUAUCAUAGCUCGCCUACUAGCCUAUUAGAUGCAGUUCGCCAGGGUACGUUAUAUGAGGACCAUUGGUACAAAGAACGUCAUCGUGAUGCGAAAAUGUGCCCCUUGAAAACAACCCUCGUAAAAGGUUGUGCUGAGGAGACAACCUCUGCAUUUGGUUGUGCUACAGAAACUGAUUGUGCCAAAGAAACAACAAUCACUAAUAAUUGCGUUAAGAAGAUGACAUCUGUAAUCGAUGGCAGUGCUAAGAGAACAGUAAUUUAUACUGAUUGUGCAAAGAGAACGGAUGACGUCAGUGAUUGUGCUACCCAUACAAAAUCUAUUAUUGAUUGUGCUAGGAGAUCAACUAUUGACAAUGAUUGUGCUACCGAGACAAUCAAUGCUAAUGAUUGUGCUUCGAUGAAUUCUGCGUUACAUAUAAUCGAGACAGCGACUUCGACAGUGAUAAACACUUUAUUGAAUGGUGAAUACAGAGACAUUUUGGCGAAACGUAAGGCGCCAUCUAUUGAUAAAACAACAGAGACUAGGAGCUACAGAAGAAAGCAUCAUUUGUGCUACAAAUGUGGGGACGUAACCCAUAUGUAUGUGAACUGUCCGUUGAAACAUACUGCCAUUAGAGACGUUUAGGUGAUAUAUUAUAAUCUACGUGACGGCUGAAUGAAAAGUCAACAUUUGAUAUUUAGUGAUAGAUGAUGAUGAAACAAGUGAUGAACUAUGAUAUUUAUAUUCAACAGUUUUGUGCUGAGCCAUGAUGAACUAUGAUGCCAUCUAUUGUUCUACUUAUAGUGCAAUGCUGAUAGAGGACUGAUCAUCCGAUAUUGUGAUUUGUAGUAGUGCAUUUCUUAUACACGGACACUAUUUGGAUAAUCAUAAUUCAUUUUAGCUGCAUAAUGCGUGAUUAUAUGUAUCGAUUGUGUAUUGUGUAGUUUAUAUUGCUGUAUGACCUGCAUAACUAUAUAUUUUUGUAAUCUGUUUAAUUCAUGUUAGGUUAGGAAGAUAUUGUACAUUUUUGAUGACAUUGUUUUUAUUGUAACCUUCAACUUACAGAGUGUGACGCUGUGAGUUCGGGACGAACUCUUUUUCAAAAGAGGGGGUUAUGUAAUGAUCCUGGCAUCAUUACUUUGUACUUUUAUUUGUACAUUCAUUUUAUUUUAU